AUGUCAGACUCCAUUCAUAAAUGGAGAGAUGCGUCACUUCUCAUAACAUCCCUAAUAACCACUUCUUACACGGCCUACACAGUUUAUGAAAAAUAUUAUAAAAAUUCUUCAAAAUAUAAUGAUAUAUUAGAAGAUCCUCCAAAAAUUAAAUUAGGAGUAGACAAAUUGAUUGGUAACACGCCAAUGGUUAGGAUAAAUUCAUUAUCAAAAUCUACAAGUUGUCAAAUAUAUGCAAAAUUAGAAUUAAAUAAUCCUGCGGGAAGUGCAAAAGAUAGAGUAGCUUUAAACAUUAUUUUAACAGCUGAAAAAAAUGGUCAAUUAACCCGUGGUAAUCCAGAUUGGGUCUUUGAAGGUACUAGUGGUUCAACAGGAAUUUCAAUUGCUAUGAUUUGUAAUGCAUUGGGUUAUAGAUCACAUAUAUCGUUGCCAGAUGAUACGUCCAUUGAAAAAUUAUCUCUUUUAGAAAGUCUUGGUGCUGUUGUUAAUAAGGUUAAACCUGCCAGCAUUGUAGAUCCUGAUCAAUAUGUUAAUGCUGCAAAGAAAGCUUGUGAAAAAUUAAAUAAUGAUACAACUACUAAUUCAAAAGGUAUUUUUGCAGACCAAUUCGAAAAUGAAGCUAAUUGGAAAGUUCAUUUUAAUUCUACUGGACCUGAAAUUUAUAAGCAAAUGAAUGGUAAAAUUGAUGCAUUUAUUGCUGGUUGUGGGACUGGUGGUACAAUUACAGGUGUGGCAAAAUAUCUUAAAGAAGUAAAAGGCCUUAAUAAUUGUCAUGUUGUUUUGGCUGAUCCACAAGGCUCUGGCUUCUUUAAUAGGAUUAAUUAUGGUGUUAUGUAUGAUUCUCUUGAAAAGGAAGGUACUAGAAGAAGACACCAAGUAGAUACUAUUAUUGAAGGUAUUGGUUUAAAUAGAAUUACAAGGAAUUUCAAUCAUGGAGAAGAAAAUAUUGAUGAAUCAAUUCGAGUUACUGAUGAUCAAGCUAUUAAAAUGGCAAAAUUCUUAUCUGUAAAUGAUGGACUUUUUGUUGGUAGUAGUACAGCAAUUAAUGCUGUCGCAGCAAUCAAAUUAGCUAAGAAACUACCUAAAGAUUCCAGAAUUGUUAUUAUUGCCUGUGACAGUGGUAGUCGUCACUUAAGUAAAUUUUGGAAAGAAGCAAGAGCUAUAGAUCGCAACAUCACUUUAAAAGAUAUUUUAGGUAAUUGA